GUGCGACUACUCCAGCCUGACACUACAUGAACUAAAAGCAAAGCAUGUUUCUACACGAUUUCGGAUUUUUAAAUCAAAGCAGCAGUAAACAUGUCCUCUGAAGCUGUUCUUACUGUACGCCUCGUUCGCUCCUUUGAGCAUCGCAACUUUAAACCUGUGGUGCUCCGAGGUGUAAAUUUAGACCAGAAGGUGGAGGAUUUCAUAGCUUUUGUUAAGAAUGAUGUUUCUACAAGAUCUGGUUUGCCUCCACCUUUCAAAAAAUUUGACUAUGACACAAUGAAGAUCAUCCAUCAAGCACAUGGAGCAAAGACUAAUGAACUGGUGAUGAGUCUAGAGGAUGAUGAAAAGCUGAUUCUGCGCAAUGGCCUCGAUUUACGGUCAUGUGGCAUAGCCAAUGAGACGGAGUUGGCCUUCUUCAAAAUGGCUGACUACGAAAAAUACAAGGCCAAUCCCCAGACUGUGUGGUGAGACCUAGGAAAGAUACUGUGCUGCGUGACAGAAUCCUGCUCUUUUAAUUUACAAGAAGUGGGGAGGCAUCGGAGAGCCGUAAUUCCAGUUUUUACUAAAACCUCCCAUCGUGAAAAUUUUCAAGAAUCAACCAUGCCUGAAAUGUUGUUUUAGUUUGACCUUUUUGUUUUAAAUCAGUUAACAUGCUGGAUCAUGGUCCAAAUAUUAAGAUGUAUUCAGUAGAGAAAAAAAUGCUGUGAAAACAGUAUAACUGAAGCGAAUGUUUGAGUUCAGAAAUGUAUUGUUUACCAGCAUUUCCAUUCUAAGUUCUUACUACACUGCUUCCACACAAUCUGUUUUAUUUUAAUUAACUGAAUGAUGCCUGUUGCUGAGAUUGUGUUUAUAUAUUUAAUAAACUUUAAAUUUGCUCUUCA